AUGUCUUCCACCGCCCCCCACCCCAUCAUCGACUCCCACAUCCACCUCUUCCCCACCUCCGAACUCACCUCCCUCUCCUGGUACACCCCCGACCACCCCCUGGGCUCGCAACACUCCCUCGAAGAAUACCGCGCCGCCAUCGCUCCCACUCCCGAUUCCAAGACCCCGGCACCCUCCGUCUCCGGCUUCAUCUUCGUCGAAACCGACCGCAACACCAACCCCUCCACCAAAGACUUCGCCGGCCCCUUGCAAGAAAUCGCCUGGCUACGACGCAUCGUCACAGGCCAGCCCAAACCCGGCGAGGGCCACACCGCCGACGACGCCCGUCUCUGUCUCGGCAUUGUCCCCUUCGCGCCGCUGCCGCUGGGCGCCGAGGCGCUGAAGGCGUAUCUGGCGCAGGCGGAGGAGGUCGCGGGGCCGGAGACGUGGGCGAAGGUGAAGGGGUUUCGGUAUUUGUUGCAGGACAAGGAGAAUGGGACGGCGUUGGGGGACGGGUUUGUGGAGGGCUUGAAGGUGCUGGGGGAGAAGGGGUUUGUGUUUGAGGUGGGGAUUGAUCAGCAUAGGCGGGGGCGGGUGCAGUUGGAGGAGGUGGUGGAGAUGAUUGAUCGGGCGCAUGAUGGGGUGGCGGAGGAUGAGAAGGUUGUUUUUGUGUUGAACCAUCUCUGCAAGCCCGACCUAACAAUCCUCAACCAGACCGACCCGUCCUUCAUCGCGUGGCGCACAGCCAUGUUCACCCUCAGCAAGUGCCGCAAGACCUACAUCAAGCUCAGCGGCCUCUUCUCCGAGCUCCCCGACAAACUCAAGGAGCGCUCUGCCGAGGACAUCUUCUCGGCAAUCCUACCGUGGCUGGCCGUCGUGGUCGCCGCCUUCGGCCCGGCCCGCAUCAUGUUCGGCAGCGACUGGCCCGUGUGCACGGUCGGCGUGGGCAAGGAAGAUGCGUGGAAGAAGUGGCACCGGGUCGUCGACAUGGUGUGCGACCUGGCCGGGCUCAGCGAGGAGGACCAGGCGAUGCUGUGGGCGGGGACGGCGAGAGAGGCGUACAAGUUGGAUGGGUAG